AUGGAAAGUGCUGGUGACGGAAGUUUUGUCAGCAGCAGUUCCAGCAGCUCCAGCAGCAGUACCAGUAGCAUAAACAGCAGCAGCAGGGCAGCUCAGCAGCAGCAGCAAGCUGAGGAGUACUUUGAAGAUCGGCUGAGUGAACACGAAGAGUACGAAGAGCGGCAGGAAAGUGAUGAUAUUGUGCUAGAAGAGGAGCACCAGCUUUCAGAGCACAGUUAUGUACCAGCUGGUAAGCACAGCUCAGCAGCAACAGCAGUUCGUAAAGAUUCGGAACCGAUGAUGGCUCAGCUCUAUGAGCAGUUUGAGGCGGAGGUGGAAAAUCUCCAACGAGAGCAGUCCUUCAUUGAGCAGCAAGAAGCGGCCGUCUCAAGAUUGGAGCCG